AUGCCAUUUGAAUUAUUAGUCAAGACUGCCACUGGAAAGAUCAUAUCCCUUAAAGUCAAAGACUCGGCCACCAUUGGCAGCAUCAAACUCAAGAUCCAGACUAAGGAAUGCAUUCCAUUUCACCAACAGGAACUGAUCUUUAAGGGAAAGGUUGUUGAGGACAUCAAUACUCUUGUCGACGUGCUCAUCAAGAAGGAUCCCACCCUCACACUUGCAUGUAAAUCAAGCACUCUCUUGAAUAUAUCAAUCAAGAAUGCUGAAGGAACGGUAACCUAUUCUCUUGAAGUCAAGCCCACAGAUACCAUUGCCUCGGUGAAAGAAAAGAUCAAAAUGAAGGAAGGUAUUUCUGUUGAUGAGCAGGUGCUGAUCUUCAACAAAAUGGUUCCCGGGGACAGCGGCACCCUUAUCGACUUCCACAUCAACAGUAAAUCGACCCUCACACUGAUAUGA